GCGCCGUCCCGUCCCGGUGGAAAGCGAAGGGAAGGCCUGGAGGGGCGGGGCCGCUAUCGCCCCCCGCCAUCGGCCGCCGAGCCCCGCCGCGGUCGGUGUCCUCCGGCUGCCCGCCGCGGCCACACGUGUCUGUGCUGUAGUAAAGUCCUUUGCGUCCCGCUGAGCCCCCUGCGAGGGAUGUGUUCUCACGCUGGUUUACAAACGCCUCCCUCUCCCCUCGGAGCGCUGGCUCCUGCCGCCGUGGUUAUUAGGAACGGCUCCUGUUCUGCUGCGUAAAUGAAAGCAAGUUGAAUACGUUAGUGCAGAAACUUCAUGACUUCUUGGCUCACUCAUCAGAAGAAUCUGAGGACACAAACUCUCCUCCAGCAUUAUCUAAAACCAAAACCACAGGGCAGUAGUUCUUCAGAAAGAACCAAAUCCUUGGGGUCAUCACGUUCAAAAAGGAAACCUACUGUUGUAACAAAAUAUGUUGGAUCAGAUGAUGAAAUCUUAGAUGAAACUGCAAAUGAAGAUGUUUCAAAUGAGAACUCGGAAAACGAUGUUGAUAUGCAAAGCUUGCCUAAAGGUACAGUGGUUGUACAGCCUGAGCCAGUGCUGAAUGAAGACAAAGAUGAUUUUAAAGGGCCUGAAUUUAGAAGCAGAAAUACCGUUAAAAUGAAACCUGAAGCUCCCAAAAAGCGUGGAGAGGAAGGACUACAUGGGAUUGUAAGCUGUACAGCUUGUGGCCAACAGGUGAACCAUUUUCAAAAGGAUUCAAUCUAUAGACAUCCUACACUGAAAGUUCUUAUUUGUAAGACUUGCUACAAAUAUUACAUGAGCGAUGACAUUAGCCGUGACUCUGAUGGAAUGGAUGAGCAGUGUAGGUGGUGUGCUGAAGGUGGAAAUCUGAUUUGCUGUGACUUUUGCCAUAACGCCUUCUGUAAAAAGUGCAUUUUGCGCAACCUGGGUCGAAAGGAGCUAUCGACUAUACUGGAUGAGAAUAACCAGUGGCACUGUUACAUUUGCCAUCCAGAGCCUUUGUUGGACUUGGUCACUGCAUGUGACAGUGUCUUUGAAAAUCUAGAACAGUUACUGCAACAAAACAAAAAAAAGAUCCGAGUUGAAAGUGACAAAAGUAAAAUCUAUGAUCACACAGUCAAGUUCUCUCCAAAAAGAAACAAUUCCAGUUGUAACGGAGAAGAAAAAAAACUCGAAGAUUCCUAUUCGGGUUCCCUAACGUAUUCUUUUAAAGCACUUAUGGUGCCAAAAGACUUGCUUAAGAAAACAAAAAAGCUGGUUGAAACGACAGCAAAUCUCAAUUCCAGCUUUGUAAACUUUUUGAAAAACGCUGCAGAAAAUGUAGAAAGAAGCCCAACUAUGCAACUUUGUCAGCUGAAAGCUUUUAAGUCUGUGCUGAAUGACAUGAAAAAAGCUCAUCUAGCACUAAAAGAAGGUCUGAACCUGGAGAUUCAAGCUUUGAAUGUUAAACUCAAAGAUAAAAAUACCAAAGAGAAAAAAUCUGAUGUUAGAUCAGAAAAAAACGAGGUGAAAAAAGAUGAAGGAAAGGAACAUGUGCCAUUAAAAGAGGAUGACAUGGUAAAGACACAGAAGAAAGUUGUUUCAGAAGAGCCUGACAGUGAGCCCAUGGAUCAAAGUGUUCCAACAGUGGAACAAACGGGUGACAAGCGUACUUCUGGUGAAGAGAAAAAGUCUGGCAGAAAUGAAGAACCUCAGUAUGAACCUAAUAGUACAGAGGCUUUAGACAUGGAUAUAGUGUCCAUUCCCUCAUCUGUUCCUGAAGAUAUUUUUGAGAAUCUGGAAUCUGCUAUGGAGAUCCAGACUGCAUCAGAUGAACAAGACAAUGGAAAUACAGGAGCUGAUCACGAGACUUUAAAUGCAAAUACAAAACUGAACACUCCUGUGAAAGAUACCAAAGGUGGUACCAAGUUAAAGUCAUCGGCUAAAGGAACGAAAGAAUUGAUCGUAAAAUUGACUCCUGUUUCCAUUUCAGAGUCUACAGUUAAAGCUGAAGAUCAGGACAGCAGUCUAGAAAAGGGAAGUAAGGAUGUGGAUGUAGCACCUAAAGCAGAGAACUGUGAUUCUGGAAAACAAAAUCAUAACGCCGGCAGUGAGCCUUCCACAGAGAAUGAAACUGUCUCGCCUGUAGAGGAAUCUGAUCUCAGGAGAUCGCCACGGGUGAAGACCACACCGCUAAGGCGCCAAACGGACCUCAGUCCUUUAACCUCAAACUCGGAAGAAGACAGCAACGACACGUGUAAUGAAAAACGCAAGAGAAAAUCAUCAAAGCAACCAAGGAGGAAAAAUGACAAAAGAAACUCCUCUGACAGUACUGCUGAUGGCCCCAGGCCUAAUAAACUAUCUAAGUCCAAAAAGCCAUAUGUAUCAGAUCACAGCUCAGACUCUGAUGAGGUGCCAGCUGUUCUUAAAGAAGUAGCUAUGAUGAGUCGCAGCUCUUCAGACAUCGAUAGCAAUAGUGAAACCCCAACAAACGAUCAGAAGACUUCAAAAUUUCUAAAGAAUCAGCCAGUGAAGGAUGAAAACGGCAAGCGAAAAAGAAAAAGCUCCAGCUCUGGUUCAGAUUUGGAUGCUAAAAGAGGCAAAUCAGCAAAAAAUUCUGCUGCUGCUAAAAAGAAACGUCAGAACUAUUCGGAUUCUUCAAACUAUGAUUCUGAGUUAGAAAAAGAAAUAAAGAUUUUGAGUAAAAUUGAGUCUGCAAAAAAAGCUAAGAAAAAAUGCUCACGAAAAGAUGAUAGUUAUGAUUCGUCUGAGGAAGAACAGAGGAAAAAGGUAAAUAGUAAGAGAAAGUUAAAUCUGAAGAAACAGAGAGCUAAAUCUUCUGGAGAUGAUGAUGCCGAAAAGUCUUCCCCAGAGGAGACAAAUCAUUCUUCUAAAGAUGAAAAACUUGGCAAGCGAUCAGCUGCUAAGGAAAGGACGAACAGAGACUUAAAAGAAGACGCUGCAGAGGGAAAGCAUGAUGAGUCUUCUGAUGUUGAGAAGUCUUCACUGGAGAAAGAGGAGAGUUCUAAAGGUGUGAGGCUAACUGAAGUGAAGAAGGGCAAGGAUUUGAAAAAGGCACAAGAAGAUUCAUCUUCAGAGAGCACGGAGAAAUCUGUGAAGAAAGAGCACGAUUCUGAUUCUUCGAAAGACAGGUUGAAGAAUAAAAAGGAAUCUGAAAGCAAGGUGAAGAAAUCUGAAAAGCUGAAAACAAAAAGUUACAAGAAAGAACAAGAUGAUUCCUCUUCUGAUGUUGAGAAGUCGUCUCCAGAGAAAGGAAGCUGCAAUUCUUCUGAGAGUGACAAAACGAAGAAGAAGCCAGUGGUGAAAGAUAAGAAAAGGAGGAAUUUAAGAGAGAGAGUAUCUAAGAGAGUGCAGCUUGAUUUGUCAUCUGAUGCUGAGAAAUCUCCCCUAAAAGAGGAGAGUUCUUCUGAAGAUGUUGUGAAGAGGAAAACCCACGCUGAAACUAAAGAAAAGAAGAAAAUCAGUCACAAAAAGAAAAUUUCCAAGAAGGAGCAGAAUGACUCGUCCUCUUCUGACGAGGAGUCUUGUGAAGAUAGUAAGAAAAAGAUGAAAAGAGGGUCAAUGAAACAAAGUAAAAAGGGUGACUUAAAAAAGAAGGUGUCAAAAAAGGUGGUUGUCACUUCCUCGUCUGAUAAGGAAGAAAAUGAUGAACAGAAUUCGACAGGUGAUGGAAGCAGCGAUGAGCAGAAGAUUAUGCCAGUGACUGAAAACUUAAUGCUGUCUGCUGGUGCAGGAUUUUGUCAGUCAUCAGGAGAUGAGGGAGAGACUAAAUCAAGGGCUGUUCCAAUGGAGGAGGAGGAAGAUGAUGAUGAUGACGAUCCUGAGAAUAGAAUUGCCAAGAAAAUGCUUUUAGAAGAAAUCAAAGCCAAUCUUUCCUCUGAUGAGGAUGCAUCUUCAGAUGAUGACUCGGAUAAAGGAAAAAAGAAAACUGGAAAGCAAAUUGAAAACACAGGAGAUGAUGAAGAGAAUGAAAAGGAAGAUAAUUCUGAAUCAGAUUCAGAGGAAGAAGAAGAAGAAUCAAAGAAGCCUAGAUACAGACACAGGCUGCUGAGGCACAAGCUGACAAUGAGUGACGGAGAAUCUGGUGAAGAAAAAAAGGCAAAACCAAAAGAGAAGAAAGAAGGGAAGCGCAGAAACAGAAGGAAAGUGAGCAGCGAUGAUUCAAAUGACUCUGAGUUUCAUGAGUCUGCAGUUAGUGAAGAGGUCAGUGAGUCUGAAGAUGACCAACGUCCAAGAACAAGAUCUGCCAAGAAAGCUGAGGCAGAAGAAAACCAGCGCAGUUACAAACAGAAAAAGAAACGAAGGCGUAUCAAGGUUCAAGAGGAUUCUUCAAGUGAAAACAACAAUAAGAGUAAUUCUGAGAAUGAGGAAAAUGAUGAUUCCAAAUCUCCUGGAAAAGGCAGGAAGAAAAUAAGGAAAAUUAUUAAAGAUGAUAAGCUUAGAACAGAGACUCAAAAUGCACUUAAAGAAGAAGAAGAAAGAAGAAAACGUAUAGCAGAAAGAGAACGGGAGAGAGAGAAACUGAGAGAGGUGAUAGAGAUUGAGGAUGCUUCGCCUCUGAAAUGUCCCAUUACAACUAAGCUGGUUUUAGAUGAAGAUGAAGAAACCAAAGAACCAUUAGUGCAGGUUCACAGGAGUAUAGUUACCAGACUGAAACCACACCAAGUAGAUGGUGUUCAGUUCAUGUGGGAUUGCUGUUGUGAAUCUGUGAAAAAAACCAAGACAUCUCCUGGUUCUGGCUGCAUUCUUGCUCACUGUAUGGGUCUGGGGAAGACGUUACAGGUAGUGAGUUUUCUUCACACAGUCUUGCUGUGUGACAAGCUGGAUUUUCGGACAGCUCUUGUAGUGUGUCCACUGAACACUGCCUUGAACUGGUUGAAUGAGUUUGAAAAAUGGCAAGAAGAUUUAGAAGAUGAUGAAAAACUAGAGGUCUGUGAACUGGCAACUGUGAAACGCCCUCAAGAGAGAAGCUACAUGCUCCAGCGUUGGCAGGAUGACGGAGGUGUGAUGAUAAUAGGCUACGAGAUGUAUCGGAACCUUGCACAAGGCAGAAAUGUGAAGAGUAGGAAACUUAAAGAAAUAUUUAAUAAAGCUUUAGUUGAUCCAGGCCCCGACUUCGUUGUUUGUGAUGAAGGGCACAUACUAAAAAACGAAGCGUCUGCUGUUUCCAAGGCAAUGAAUUCUAUUCGAUCCAGGAGAAGAAUAAUUCUCACAGGAACACCACUGCAAAAUAAUCUUAUAGAAUAUCACUGUAUGGUGAACUUUAUUAAGGAGAAUUUGCUUGGUUCAAUUAAGGAAUUCCGAAAUCGAUUUAUAAACCCAAUCCAGAAUGGUCAGUGUGCAGAUUCUACUCUGGUAGAUGUCAGAGUAAUGAAGAAGCGUGCACAUAUUCUCUAUGAGAUGUUAGCUGGAUGUGUUCAGAGGAAAGAUUACACAGCAUUAACAAAGUUCCUCCCACCAAAAUAUGAGUAUGUUCUAGAAGUUCGCAUGACGCCUAUUCAGUGCAAACUCUACCAAUACUAUUUGGAUCAUUUGACAGGUGUAGGUGGUGGCAAUGAAGGUGGAAGAGGCAAAGCUGGAGCUAAACUAUUCCAGGAUUUCCAGAUGUUGAGCAGAAUCUGGACUCACCCGUGGUGUUUGCAGCUGGACUAUAUUAGCAAAGAAAAUAAGGGCUACUUUGAUGAAGACAGUAUGGAUGACUUCAUCGCUUCAGAUUCCGAUGAAACUUCAAUGAGCUUAAGUUCUGAUGAUUAUGCCAAGAAAAAAAAAUCCAAGGGGAAAAAGCCGAAGAAAGAGUCUAGCUCAAGCGGAAGCGGCAGCGAUAAUGAUGUUGAAGUCAUUAAAGUCUGGAAUUCCAGAUCUCGUGGAGGUGGAGAAGGAAAUGCAGAAGAACUUGGAAACAACCCUGCAUCUGUUAUAAAAUCAGAGGAAGGCAAAGCUACAUCCUCUUCCAACCCUGGCAGCCCAGCGCCAGAUUGGUACAAAGAUUUUGUCACUGAUGCGGAUGCUGAAGUGUUGGAACAUUCUGGGAAGAUGGUGCUUCUCUUUGAAAUUCUUCGAAUGGCCGAGGAGCUUGGAGACAAAGUCCUAGUGUUUAGCCAGUCCCUAAUAUCUCUGGAUUUGAUAGAAGAUUUUCUGGAGCUGGCCAACAGGGAGAAAACUGAGAAGCCCAUUUAUAAAGGUGAAGGCAAAUGGUUCAGAAACAUUGAUUACUAUCGCUUAGAUGGUUCAACUACAGCUCAGUCAAGAAAGAAAUGGGCUGAGGAAUUUAAUGAUGAAACUAAUGUGAGGAUACAAGGAGCAAAGAAGGUCAGAGCCCUGUGGAGUCUGGCCAGGAGACAGCAGUCACUUGGACAGUCAGAAGCAUAUAACUCUCUUAGCUGUCUCCAGAAUUGUCCAUUGCUCAUACAAGAUGGGACUUUCAAGUCUGAUUUGGAUAGAGGCCGCUUGUUUAUCAUAUCCACCAAAGCAGGUUCCCUCGGAAUUAAUCUCGUUGCUGCUAACAGAGUAAUCAUCUUUGAUGCGUCUUGGAACCCAUCCUAUGACAUCCAGAGUAUUUUCAGGGUUUACCGCUUUGGGCAGAACAAACCUGUGUUUGUGUACAGGUUUUUGGCUCAGGGAACAAUGGAAGACAAGAUCUAUGAUCGUCAGGUAACAAAGCAGUCGUUGUCUUUCCGGGUUGUCGACCAGCAGCAAGUGGAACGUCAUUUUACUAUGAAUGAGCUUACAGAGCUGUACACCUUCGAGCCAGAUUUGCUAGAUGAUCCUAAUUCAGAAAAGAAAAAGAAGAGAGUUACACCAAUGCUGCCAAAAGAUACAAUUCUGGCCGAAUUGCUUCAAAUCCAUAAAGAGUAUAUAGUUGGAUAUCACGAACAUGAUUCACUCCUGGACCAUAAGGAGGAAGAGGAACUCACUGAAGAAGAAAGGAAGGCAGCAUGGGCAGAAUAUGAAGCAGAAAAGAAGGGCUUGACCAUGCGUUUCAACAUGCCAGCUGGGACCAAUAUGCUUCCCACAAACUUCAACUCUCAAACUCCAUAUAUUCCUUUCAAUUUGGGUGCUCUGUCAGCCAUGAGUAAUCAGCAGCUGGAGGACCUUAUUAAUCAAGGAAGAGAGAAAGUUGUGGAAGCAACCAACAGUGUAACUGCAGCAAGAAUUCAGCCCCUUGAAGACAUCAUUUCAGCCAUAUGGAAAGAAAACGUAACCCUCACGGAGAGCCAAGUACAGGCCCUGGCACUAAGCAGGCAGGCAAGCCAGGAGCUUGAUGUCAAGCGCCGAGAAGCCAUCUAUAACGACGUCCUUACUAAACAACAAAUGUUGAUCAGUUGCGUUCAGAGGAUACUUAUGAACAGAAGACUACAGCAGCAGUACAAUCAGCAGCAGCAGCAGCAGAUGUCGUACCAGCAAGCAGCAAUGAGUCACCUCAUGAUGCCAAAGCCUCCAAAUUUAAUCAUGAAUCCUUCCAACUACCAACAGAUAGAUAUGAGAGGAAUGUAUCAGUCAGUGUCUGGUGGUAUGCAGCCACCACCAUUACAACGAGCACCACCCCCAAUGAGAGGCAAAAAUCCAGGGCCUUCCCAAGGGAAAUCAAUGUGAUUUUGCACUAAAAGCCUAAAGGAUUGUUAAAAUCAGAGAAAGAACUUUUAUUUUUUUAGGAAUCAAUGGCUUAACAGAACUCAACUGUAAAAAAGGUAAAAAAUAGUUUGGUUGGUCCCCUUUAAUGCCACGUUCCAUAUUAGCGUUUCAGCUUUGUUUAACUAGGACAUAAUGUUUUCCCUGUUGUCAGUGAUGUUGCCUAGAAUCUUCUUACAUAUGUUGAGUACAGGAGAUAACAAGUUGUUUUCAGUGAAAACAAGUCCUCCCGUAACAGUAGCAUCUCCACAGGUUUCCUGUCUAAACUCCUAUGCUUGCUUUUAGUGGCUGUGAAGCUGUCAUCAGAUUUGAGAAGCUUAGGAAGGACUGCAGGUCUGUAUGUUUCAGUAUAUACCAUAUGUGAAUUGUAAACAGCUGAGUUCUUGAUUAGAGUUGAUUCCUCAAAUUAUGGAAUACUUUUCUGCUUACCCAUUUCUUUAUAUUAAUGGGAAUAUUACAAGAUAAAUAGUCUAGUUCCCUUUUGACUGAGGUCUGGACUCGUACUCUAUCAUCUGUGCUGAAUGAAACAGCAACUAAAAAUACUCUGGAACAGAAUUGAGUGCAAUAUUCUUAAAUACUACUACUCUGAAACUUUUGAGUCGUGCAGUUAUAUGGAAACUGUGUACACAGCCUUAACUCUGGUGACUUGCGGAAAGCGAUUGCUCUUCCCCAGUCUUCUGCCAUUUUUUGUUUUCAGUUCUAUGUGAUGGAAUAACAAGCGAUGAUCUUAGUUGGAAAUGUUUUUCCUUCACAUGCGAAUUCACUCUACGUGGAGUCCAGUACAAAGCACAUUUCUGUUAACUCCUUAAUGCUGGUGCUACUGUCUUUUCCCAUUGCCGGCAGUGGGAGACAGGCCAAGACAAUUGAAUUCCUGGUAUUUUGGGGGUUAAAAAUAAGGAUGGUGGCCAGGGUCAAACCCUGUUACAUAAAACAACUUUAAAAUGGCAGAACCAUUGCUGAUACAAAAUUGAUGCAAAGAAAAGUGCUAUUGCAACUUCCAGAGCUGCCAGAACAGCAAAAUACCUUUUUCCUCUAUUAGGUAAGAGUUUUGGUUAUGCACUCCUCUCCAUCCCCUUCCGUUUUGUGUGAAAACAUGAUUAAUACACAAAGAGCUUGGUUUUGUUCUGUUUUGGUUCUUUUUGCGUAGACCAUGGAUACAUUUCUGGUUUGUUAUAUAUCAUUAGCACUCCCUUUCCCCACUCGUUUCUGUUCUUGUGAAGACCUACAAAUAGGCUUUUUCUUUGCAUAUAGUUUGGUUGAUUCUUUGCCUCCCCCAAAAAAGAAGAGUUUGUAAAUCUGGGGAUAAAAGUAAGUGAUAGGAACAUCGAGGCAAUGGUGUAUCGACUACAGAGAGCUCUGGAGGAGCGAGUGGAUGGAGGCGUUUGCUCCAGCCAUUGCUGGACUCUUCUGACUUGCUGACGUGAACUGAAAAGUGUUUUGGUUUCUGGGAAGUUUCUUGCAGGAGUUUGAGUUCUUGCCCUGAAUGGACAAGUGGGUUUGUGCAUCUGAAUAUGCAGAUCUUACACAAGGAUUCAGUUGGCAAUUGAAACUUGGUUUGCGAUCGGAACAGUUUGUUUGACCUGUUGCAAAGCCAGCUAACAAGUUGCUGUCUUGGACUCUUAUUACAAGAUACCACAAGAGAACCUCAGUAUGUUUGAGUGCUUUGCCAGUUCUGCAGUUCCAUUUUAUUGGGGGGGGGGGGGGG